ACAAGAAUUCGAUCUUUUGGCGCAGUCUCUGUUCUCAAGUUAUAAUUUUCCCCCAAAUUAUAUGAAUUUAACCAGCGAAACCCUAGCCAAUCCUUAGUACAUGUAAUUGAUCAUGGCGAUGCAAAUCUGUUCAACGAAUUCCUCAAUCCCGUCAAUCCAUGCUUCCUGCAUUAAUCGGAAUCCUAUAAAGCUUCAUCACUUUCAUCCGUUACUUGGAUUGUCAACGCGAAUUUCGCGUAUGCAAAUUCAUCGUAGUAUCAGAAAGUACUCGAUUCGGUGCUCAGCAGAAGAAAAGAAGCAGAUCAAUUUGAGAACUUGUAAGCUAUGUAAAACCCAGUUCGAUCCUUCUCUCAACCAUCCCCAAGCCUGUCGUUUCCACACUGCGCAUUUUGGCGGAGAAACUAAGAGGAAGUUCGAGAGUGUGUAUAGCGGAGGCACCAUGAAUACGUCUGAAUCCGGUAAAGUGUUCCAGUAUUGGCAUUGCUGCGGAUCCGAAGAUCCCUUUGACCCUGGCUGCACCGCUUCUCCUCAUUCGUCCUAUGAUGAUUGAUGCAUUUUCCCACACAUUGAAAGGUUCAUCUCGACCCAAAUUUCUUUAGUUUAGUCUUUUUUGUAAUAGAAAUUCUUGCAUCCCUAAAUCAAAUACUGUCUUCUUUGUUCCUGAAAUGUGCAGUAGUACGGUCCUCUAUUGUUCUCAUGUAUACAUACAUUGCAGUCUUCAGUGCUUCAAAUUUAGGAAAAGGCUAUGGUCUUAUUGUGUUCUUAUACACACUCAUUUAAUUUGCA